AAGUAAUGCAAAUACACAGACAUACACAGUUGACAUGUAGAAAGAGAGAAACUUAGAGAAAGAAAGAAGAAGAAGAGAAUGGAAAAAAAAGGAGCUUUCUCGUGAUCCUUGCAUAGUCUACGUGAAAGCCCAGAUGUCUUGUCCUUCUUCCGUAAUCCUUUUUUCAUGUUAGAUACCUAAUUAUUGUUAUUCUUACACAUUCUUCACCAACGGAGAGAUCUUUUCUUGCAAAAAUUCCUGGGUUUCGGUUGCUGUUACUAUUUUUCCAAAGGGUGAGGCUUGGCUACUCAAUUUGAAUCAUAUUUCCCUUUCCUUUCUGGGAAAUUCUUUUCCUCCAGUUAUCUCUCAGGAUUUUCUGUUUUUGGGUCAGUGGAGGAAUUCAGCUUCAUUAACAUAGCAAGCUAAGGUGGGUUUCCUCUCUCUUUAUCUUCUCAUGUUUGUUUAUUCGAUUUCUAAGAGAUUGGGUUUCCAUUUCUUCUGUAAAAUGGUGUUAUGGCUUCUCAAUUUGUGGGUUUGUGAUCUUUGAUGAUGGGAACAAUUAAGAAAAAUUAUGAGUCUAUGAUAAUGACAGGAUGCAUGUUUUUCACUGGAACUGCUGUAGUGUAUAAAUGAUGGUAGAUCUAGAAAUUGUGGCAAAUGAUUCGGAGAAGGCUACCAACAAAGUAAAUCAAUGUGAUUUGGCAUUCAAAUAUAGGAAACCGACUGGUCCAAACUGAUUAAAUGGUAGUAAAUCUUUGGCUUGAGAUUUUUGUUUCUUCUCAGCAUAGCCAGGAGACAUUUUGAGUUCCCAGUGCCCUUACAAGUUACAAUCCUUCUUUAAUAGCUCAUCUGGUAAUUGGAUUAGAGUAGAAGCUCUUAAACGAUAAAUACUCCCAAGGGGCUAGCUUGUGUUCUUAGUUACUUGUAAGAGACAGUCUUUUUUGCUUGGAUUAGCAAUUUAGCAUGCUCUAAUCCAUUUUCCUUUAAUCUAUUUGUUUAUGUGUCUCUGUAUGGCAUAUAAUGAUAUGAGUAUUUCUAAUGCUCAAUAAAGUCCAGAAUAUCAACAAAUUUCUGUCUAGUAUGUGGUCUUUUGUUUUGAUCUCCUAAAUAAACUCACUAUAUUGGAAAUUAAUAAACCAUGGCUUCUUGUUAGACUGAUUACAUUUGAAACUUUCUGGACCAAGGCCAUUCCAUUAAAUUGAACUUUUGUUACACUGAUUUCAAACUAAGUUUCUUUGAUGGAGAUGAUUGUUGAGCUGCUAUAAGCCUAAAGCUUUUCAAAUGAUGAGGAAAUAUUUCUGACAAGAAUGGAUCCUCAGGCUUUUACCAGGUUGUCAAUAGGCUCACUGGGUCUGAGGAUUAGCACAUCAGCUUUAAAUUGCUCAAAAUUUGGAGCUAAUGCAUUCUCCUCCACCUGUUCCUGUGAGAUACGACUUCGAGGUUUCCCUGUUCAAACAACAUCAGUUCCACUAGUGUCCUCACCUGAAGCCACCCCUGAUAUUCACAGCAUUGCAUCUAGCUUUUAUCUUGAAGAAGCUGAUGUGAAAGCAUUAUUGACACCUGGUUGUUUCUACAGUUCUUAUGCCUGUUUGGAGAUCACAGUUUUCAUAGGGAGAAAGGGGUUAUAUUGUGGUCGUGGACUCAAAAAACAGCAGAUCGGAACUUUUAAAUUGGAUGUGGGUCCUGAAUGGGGUGAAGGAAAGCCAGUUACCCUUUUCAAUGGGUGGAUGGGUAUUGGCAAAAACAAACAUGAGAAUGGUAAGCCAGAAGUGGAACUUCAUUUGAGAGUAAAACUAGAUCCUGAUCCAAGAUAUGUAUUCCAGUUUGAGGAUGUGACUACAUUGAGCCCUCAGAUAGUUCAGCUUCAAGGCUCCAUCAAACAGCCAAUUUUUAGUUGCAAAUUUAGUCGAGACAGGGUAGGACAGGUGGACCCAUUAAGCACUUACUUCUCAGACAUGGAAAUGGAGAGAAGAGAGAGGAAGGGAUGGAAGGUGAAGAUACAUGAUCUCUCUGGGUCAGCUGUUGCAGCAGCCUUCAUAACAACUCCCUUUGUGCCAUCUACAGGUUGUGAUUGGGUUGCUAAGUCAAACCCAGGAGUUUGGUUGAUUGUUCACCCAGAUGCCUGUAGGCCUGAGAGUUGGUUGCCAUGGGGAAAGCUUGAGGCCUGGCGUGAGCGUGGAAUUAGGGACUCUGUUUGCUGCCGAUUCCACCUCCUGUCUGAAGGCCAAGAUGGAGGAGAGUUUCUGAUGUCAGAGGUACUUAUUAAUGCAGAUAAGGGUGGGGAGUUUUUCAUUGAUACAGACAGACAAACGCGGACUGCAGUAACUCCGAUACCAAGUCCUCAAAGCAGUGGAGACUUCUCAGCUUUGAGUCCAAUUGGUGCUGGUUUUGUAAUGAACUGUAGAGUCCAGGGGGAAGGGAAGAGAAGCAAGCCAUUGGUACAACUGGCCAUGCGACAUGUAACAUGCAUGGAGGAUGCUGCCAUCUUCAUGGCUCUUGCAGCUGCUGUUGAUCUCAGCAUUGAAGCAUGCAAGCCUUUCCGGAGGAAGUUUAGGAGAGGGUCCCGCCAUUCUUUAUGAAUAGAAAUAGAAUUCAGGUGAUUGUGUCCAUGAAAAACGACUUCUGUAACAUUUGGCCAUUAUGUACAGGAUCUCCUGGUUUACGACUGUUCAUCCAAAAAAUUAUUCUACUGAUUUGUGGUGUCAUUUCAAUCUGCAUGAUGAGAUCAAUUGAUAGUCUCCACAUCCCUGUACUAUAGUUUUUUUUGUUGGUUACAUGCCAGGUGAAAGUUUGAACCU